AUGCUCGGGCUGGGCGCGCGCGGCAAGCCGGCCGGCGCGGCGGGCCUCUUCAGCACGGCGGUCAUCUCCGGCUCGAGCUCGGCGCCCAACCUGCGCGUCAUGAUACCGGCCGCCGCGGCCACCAACACAGCGCUGGAGGGGUUCGGCGGCGUGCCUGCUAUCCGUCCACUCGAGACGCUUCACAACGCGCUGUCGCUUCGGCAGCUGGACGCGUUCCUAGAGCGCGUGACCGCAGCGCCGGUGCUGCUGGGCACGCCGCCCGCCAACAACUGCGCCGUCGCCACCACCAAGCGCCAAUCGCCCACUAACAGCGCCGCAUGGAGCGGGCCCUCUUCGCUCAUGUCGUCUUCUGGCGAGCUGCCGAGCAGCGUGUCGUCAGCGGGGCCUCGUCGCCCACCUCAGCGCACGCCGACCCCGCCCGCCUCGCCGACAGGUGAAACACGCUCCCUUGUCCCGCCGCCACGUGAAACUAGCUUGCUUGUCCCGCCACCACGUGAAACUAGCUCCCUUAUCCCGCCGCCACGUGAAACAAGCUCGCUUGUUUCGCCGCCACAUGAA